AUGGCUGUCACUGACGCCGAGCCCCGGGUCAAGCCCACCAAGCCUGAUGAGGCCGCCUACAAGGCCAGUCUCGCCGAAGCUGAGAAGGCGCACACUGCUGUUCAAGAGAAAUUGAACCAAAUCAAGGAAAAAUUGGACAACGCAAAGCCCAACAACCAGGACUCCCCCAUCGUCAAGAGGCAGCAGGAACUCCGGGCCGAACUCUCGUCAAUCCGCCAAAAGCAAUCCGGUUUCAAGUCCAGCCGGUCCUCGGUUCAAGAGAAGAUCAACGCCCUGGAUGCGAAUCUCAAGUCUCGCAUUACCGAGCUGAACAACUCUCGCAGCCGCCUGUCAUUCAAGAACGUCGAGGAGAUCGACAAGGAGAUUGCCCGCCUCGAGAAGCAAGUCGACUCCGGCACCCUCCGCCUGGUUGAUGAGCGCAAGGCUUUGACCGAGGUUUCCAACCUGCGCAAACAGCGCAAGAGCUUUGCUGGCCUUGAGGAGUCCGAGAAGGGCAUCAAAGAUAUCAAGGCCCAGAUCGCUGAGCUGCGGAAGAGCCUUGACAAUCCCGAAGCCAAGGCCUUGAGCGACAAGUACGCCGAAAUCCAGAAGGAGCUCGAUGCCAUCAAGGCCGAGCAGGACAGCGUUUUCAAGAACCUGAACGCCCUUCGCGACGAGCGCACAAAGCUGCACAACGACCGGCAGGAGAAGUUCGCUGCCAUCCGCAGCAUCAAGGAUGCCUACUACAAGGCCCGCCGUGCUUACAAGGAGUACGAGGACGAGGCAUGGCGUGUGCGCCGUGAGCGCCAGAAGGCUGAGCAAGAGGCUUAUGCCCGUGAGAAGCGCAAGAAGGUCGCCGACAAGAAGCUGGAGGAGGCUUCGCAGCUUGCCUACGCCGAUGAGAUCCUGACCGCCCAGGGUCUGAUCCGUCACUUCGAUCCCGCUUAUGACUUCUCUGCUCUUGGUUUGGAUGAGAAGAAGGAGGAAGGCAGCAAGUUCCGUGCCGGAGUUGGCCGCACCGUUGAAUCUGCUGAGAUUAAGGGAAUGAAGGUCGUGCGGAAGGACGACGAGGAGGACUACUUCGUCGGUACCGCUGGCAAGAAGGGCAAGAAGGGCGGUAAGAAGGGCGGUGCUGUCGCUGCGGACAGCACCAAGUUCAACAUGAACGUUGGUAUUAUUGAGGACUUCGCCAAGGUCAAGAUCGACCCUCCUAUGAACCAGUCGGAUGUCCCCGCUGCUGUGGAGAAGCUGGCCGCCAAAAUCACUGAAUGGAAGAAGGACCAGGCCAGCAAGACCGCAGAGAACAUCAAGAAGGCCCAAGAGGAAAUCAGCCGCCUCGAAGAGGAAGAAGUAAAGGCUUCUCAGACCAACGGCCGGGCCACCGACGCCGCCAAGAAGCCCGCCAAAGAAAAUAUCGCUCCUUCAGCAGAGGCCGAGCAGGCCCAGGAGCAAGAUGCCGUCGCCGACGUCGCCGAGGAGCUGAAGGCGGCCGCGAUCGAGGAGACCGCAUAG